AUGUCCUUACUCCCCGGCAACGACCCCAGCUCGCUUGCGUCUGUCCUCGCUGAUUCGGAAGCACCUCCAUCCUCCGGGGCUCCAUCACCAAGUUUUGAGCAAUCUACUGUUGACAACGUGAUCCACGAUAUUAUGUCCGUACAGCAGGCGGACCUUUUAGUCGCAGAAAAUCGUGAAACCUUUGCUCCGAGGUUCCCUUACGUGAUCAUACCAGAGGGCGUAACGUCACUCGCCCUCCAACAGGCAAGCCCCAUGCUCCUCUUGGCGAUCCUUACCACGACGUCCUGGAAGCUACGAGGCCAGCAGGAUCAUCUGAAUCAAGUAUUUCUCAAGGCACUUGGUACUAAACUCGUCCUAGAAGGUGACCGAGAUAUGGACCUGUUGAGUGGAUUGAUGGUGUACCUCAAUUGGAUUCACUUGCAUACAACACCAAAGACACAACAAGCCUACCGUCUUGCGUCCAUCGCAGCAUCGAUGGCGGUUGAGUUUGGUAUUACUCAGCGGCCCGGAAAAAACAAACAUCAGCAGUUAAAUGUCGAGGCCUUUGUUGAAAGACCUAAGGGCUUGUCCGCAGUUGAUGCGGAACUUUGGGAUCCCGUUGCUAGACGAGCCUACCUAGGCUGCUAUCAAAUGACUACCUGGUAUUCAAUAAUGACACGGAAGUCGAGUCCGUUGAUAUAUAACGAUUAUCUAUACGCAUGCGCCCAGUCUCUUGCUGCCGCAAAGGAAACCCCGUCAGAUCUAGACCUUGUUUUCCAUCUUGAGGUUGCUCGCGAGGCCGAGAAGGCAUAUACCUUCUUCAACUACACCGACAUCCAGCAGACUCAGUUCAUGGGUGAGCAGCAGAUACAGGUAUACCUAAAUGCAUUCUCCGUCAAAGUGCAGGACUGGCAACUCCGCCUCCCAUCCUCACUUGCCCAAGAUCCCUGCCAGCAAAUCUGGCCCUGGCUUUUAGAAGCUUUCGUCCGGGAAUUGUGUUUGUCAGGGAUGGCACGAAGUACUGAUUUCUCCAUGGCUCGGAUCCGCAUUCUUAUGGACGCGCUCACAAGCACAAAGGGCUAUUUCGACACAUUCCUAGCCAUUCCUCCGGAAAGCAUCCCCAGCCUACCAUCCACACAUUGGGCUCUUUUGAGUUACUCAAUCCUUCUUACAGCUUCAAUAUCUCUAUCGACACAGACGCAAGGAUGGAGCAUUGAAUCCGCCCGCUCUGUCAUAAAGCUCGAUGCAUAUAUCGAGGCUAUCACACUCCGAGUGAAGGAACUCUCGUUGGGGAUGGGUUCGUCGGAGCACCUGCGUAACUGGUAUGGCGACGCCCUCGUGGGCUGGGAAGCGAUCAAGAUGCGUUACCUCGCCGCAUGCCAAGAGUCGCUAUCUCAAACAGACUCAUACUCGCAAUCGGCUACCUCGCAAGUUUCACAUAGGGCGGUGGAGCAGAGUGAUGGGCAUGGUCCUCAAAGUGGUCCUAUAGCCCAUCUUCAGGGAGGACCUAGUCAAAGGGAUAUGGCUGAGAACUCUAUCAGACCUAUGACCGGACUGGAGGCAUUUGACUUUAGUGCAGAUACUGGGCUGUGGCUUAUACCUGAAUUUAAUUAUUUAUGA